GCGGGGCAGGCAGGCAGGCUGAGCUUUAAAACACCCGAGGAGACUAUAAAAGUGCUUUCAUGCCCGCUGCAGGAGAGAGGCAGCUCGAAAUGCGCGCAGAGAGACGGAGGUAGACGGAGCAGAGGGAGAAAGGAGACAGCACGGAGAUUUAAAGGCUGACUUCACGUGUUUAAGCUAGAGCAGCGUUUCCUUUACAUUCCUUUUAGCAAAGAACCUAGCGUAAGAGUUGUGUUUUUGUGUCAGUGAAGAGGAUGUGCGUCUUAGCCUGCCGUCCCAGUGCCGUUUGACACAUUUUUCUCCCUCCGCACCGAGCUGGAUUCACCGACCGCUCUGUUUCCUACGUCGGGCUCAUUCAAACUUUUCUGCUCCUACUUUUGAUGCCACGGAAAUGGGACCGCGCCAACCGGAGAGCGUGUCCGCGCUGUGCAGGAAAAGUUUGCUGUGGACGGUGCUCAUCCUGCUGCUGAGCACGUUUGUGGACGGGACCUGGAAGACUGGACUUUACAAACCCUACACAUCUGGGACAGCAGCUUCUCACACCUCAGUCUACCAGAAAAGGAACUGGUGUCCUCAUACAGUCACAAAGACAGUGACAUGCCAGGUACAGAAUGGGACACUGCUCCAGCGGGUUUACCAGACAUGCCGCUGGCCACAGGGAUGCACAGGGGGCAGCUACAGGACUGUGGUCAGACCAUCCUACAAAGUUGUGUACCGCACUGUGACCUCUCUGGAGUGGAAAUGCUGUCCGGGUUUCAGCGGAACGGCCUGUGAGGAAGAGGCAGCAAACCAGCUCGUAGCUCAGGAGGCCGUGAGGAAACCAUCAAUGCUACGACGCCCGCCUGCACGCACAGGAGAGUCUAUUUCAAGUUGUCUCAACUGCAGUCGAAUCACAGCUUUGAGUGACAGACUGAACUCACUGGAGGCAAAGGUCCAGUUACUCAAUGCCCCAGCCUCCGUGUCACAUCGCCACCUUCAGGGAAAAGGAGGAACUUUACCCGAGGCCUCGUUACUGAUGGGGGCUGUGCCCGCUCAAGGAGCUCCUGGUGAGCAGGGGCCUGCAGGUCCUCAGGGUGAGAAGGGGAGAGAUGGACUUCCUGGCAGAGAUGGAAAGCCAGGGUCUCGAGGGCUGCCAGGUCCCAGUGGGCCUCGUGGGGACACCGGGGGGAGGGGUCCAUCUGGAGCUCCUGGAGCAAGGGGAGUCUCGGGACCUGCAGGCCCCCGUGGUCCACCAGGACUCCCAGGAGAGAGGGGUCUACCAGGCCCACCAGGGCCUCCGGGGCCUCCGGCGCCAGCGAGUGCCCGCAUCCCCGAUCCUGACCACAGUCAUGGAAAAGACCCGUUCUUCACCAACACUUUCCAUGACUCACGGGGGCCGCCUGUUCCAGGUCCUCAGGGUCCUCCCGGGCCUAUCGGUCCUCCAGGUCCCAAAGGUCCAGUGGGACCUCCCGGGCCACCAGGACAAAAUGGUAAACCAGGAGCUCUUGGAGUGCAGGGUCCUGUUGGGCCGAAGGGAGACCGUGGGGAGAGAGGUCCUCUAGGUUACCCAGGAGAGAGGGGCUUCAGAGGCGAGCCGGGAGCACCGGGUCCAAAGGGAGAGCCAGGAGAGAAGGGCUUACCGAGCAAUCUAAAUGGGGACGGGAUACAUCAGAUCAGAGAGGCGCUGAAGAUCUUAGCCGAGAGGGUUUUAAUCCUCGAGACUAUGAUCGGUAUUCAUGAGCCUGAUCUAGGGUCCGGGGAUGGACCGUUCGGCACAGCCUCCCCUAGUUUCUACAGAGAUAAGCGAGCAGGUGCUCUCCCAUAUCGACUUGCUUCUCCUCUGUCCUCCGACACCAAGGUUCGAGGGAAGUAACCCCCACCCCUUCCCCCUUCCUCUCGCUCACCCUGAGGACCACAGGCUGGUUUGACUCCCCUUCCUAAAGGUCUCAUCAGCACUCAACAGAUUAAGACCAUAUCUGUGUUUAACUGACAGAUUUAGGAUGGGGGACACCUCAGGGAAACUCCACUGAUACUCCACAAUCCUCCUGAGAACUAGUCCGACCCUCAACCAUCACCAUAACUGAACAUUUUAACAUAACACACCCAGCUGCUCCUUCUGUGUCUUGUUUCUAUCGCAACAGAGCAGCGGCCUCAGAUUAAAGAUGGAAAAAAAAAGGAAAAACCUUGAGUGACAAGCCACUCCAGAUGAUAAGGGUCAUUUAGAAAUAUCAACUGAAGGAGGAAUCAGAUGUGAGCAAACAGACUGGAUUUGAGUUCUUAUUGCUUUCACAAUGUAACUGCAAUCUGAAGAGAUUCCACUAUUUAAGUAUAACGCAUGUAAAGUCUGCAGGACACAAGUACACAAACAACCUCUUCUUGUAGUAUUUGUUUUGUUAUUCAUUUAUCUAGGGAUGCCCUGAUGACAUUUUCUGCUACAGAUACAAGAACCAAUCACUGGCCAAUACGAGACCAAUCACCAGCCGUGGUUCAUGCAUCUUAGCUCUGUAGUGUUUAAGGACCACCUGCAGGUGACAGCGUUAGUUUAACAGAGCAGGACAAAAACCUUCCAAGGAGCAACGCUACAAGUAGACAGCUGAAUUACACAAUAUGAUGAUUUGGAUCAUUUCACCAACUGGUUGAUCAAAUAUCCAAUCAAGUCAAUAGAAAAUUAAAACAUCAAUCUUUAAGUUAUGCCUUUAUGUUGAAAUUCCUGCUGCACACCUAUUAAACAGUUUCUGCCUUCCUGCAUAUCAUCCUGAACUUCAAGACUGUCGAGCUAAAGAGUAUGAAGAAGAUAUCAGCUCCUCUCUGGGCUUGAUCGGCAUAUUUUGGCACACAGUCGUUCACCUUUUUUUGCCAGCCAUGUUUGCAUUUUUGGUCUGUAUAUGAUGGCUGUAUAAGAUUGUUUAUAGAUAAAACUAAUCUCUUCUUGCAAUAUGGUUCCAGUAGUGACAGUCGUGUCUGAUACAGGCUCUGCAGGUGAAAAGAAAUAGAAAACUUUGCAGGCCUCCUUGGAGCUGCUCCUUCUCACUUCAAAUUUGCAAUAUAAGCUGUCCAGUGAUUUAAGCAGCAUGGCAGCUUUUUCUAUUCUCCCUCCAAUUUCUUUUGUUAUGAAGCCACUGUUCUGUCCAUGCAACCAAUACAUGUCCUCAUAGAGCCAUGUAUCUAAAUCAAGAUUUUAAAGAUGCAAUAUGAAGAAAUUUUGCUCUGAAAUAUCUAUACUAAUAUAAAAAGUGACCAUUCCUAUGUUAGUUAAAUUUUCAGUUGAGGUUAGUAUCUCAAAUAUUCCUUUAAGUUUUCAAAGACAGAGAAAUUCUUAAUUUCUAUAACUGUACAGGUACAUGACAUGUUGUUGAGGCUGCCAUUGGUUUAAUUGCCCAAACUCAACUCUUCACUCUGCUUUUCCAAUGAGUUGGGCCCAGUGCUGCUCAGCACCACCUACCUCCAUGGCCUCUUUCUCAGUACUACUAAUUGUUUUAAACUAAAGACCAAAAGGUGUAUUUACUAAACAGACAACCAAUAUUUUGUUUUCAUUUUUUAAAAUUUCACUUCCACAUUCAUGCAGAAAGCAGAACUGUGAAGUGCACUUUUGAGUGCAUUUCUUACUCAUUAUUAGAAAUUUAUGAAUUGAAACAACAUUUUGGUCUUCUGUUGAGUAAAUACACUUUAAAAGGUUUUUAUUGAACGGUCCUAAAUUCAAACAAGAAGUAAACAGCAUGGCUAGGCAGCACUGGUCUGUACUCAUCAUAUUGUGUCAUGUUAUGAUGGAAUAUAACAUUAAUAAUAAAAUCACAGCAGACUUUGAUAUUGGUAAAUAUCAUGUUGCCCAAAUUGUAUCAUAUUUUUUGAAUGAAACUGCUAAUUUACACCUCUAGAGUAUUACAUGUGUUCAUUUAUGAAUGCCAUCCAUUCAGUAUCUACAACGCUGUUCCCAUCAGGGUCACAGGUGGCUGGAGCCAUUUAUGUGAAUGAAUUAGCACAGUUAUUAGCAGACUGAAAAGAUAUGAAGCCUAUUUAAUAGGUUACACAGUCCAAAUAGUCAAAGAAAUAAAAAGACAUCAAAUCUUAGAACAUCAACUCGGUUGCAUUUUGUUACUGAUACAGUAAAAAAACGGAUAAAUUUCAUCUCCAAACAAUAGUAUUUUUUCAUUUUCUUGCCAAAAGCCUCAGUUUUUUUAAGAAUGCCAGCAAAUGGACUAGGCCUUAGAUUUGUAUUCUUAACUAUAGUGAGACUUAUCCACCUUAUUCCUUGACUGGUCCUUUCUGUCAGACCAUCAGUUACACCUGAAACAGGAUAUUAUUAAUAUUCCUUCCCCUGGGAGGCAUCUGGCUGCAGACCUCUAUGGUGGGGUUUUAGGCUUAUUUGUUGCAGACCUCCACAAUGAGGUGACCUCGACUGUGGGGCAGGAAGUGACAUAUCAACCCUUGUUGGGUUUUCCAUGGUUUGUGGUGUGUUGUUUUUAAUUUUACCCCCCACCCUCCCAAACCCUAACCUUUAGGGUUCAGGUGCCUAACCCUAACCCUCUGUGGGUUUUCCUUAGUUGGUGAUUUUUGAAUUCAUCACCUUCAGUUAAAUUUUUAUUUCUAUUCAUAAGAUCCUGCUGUUGUGAAAAAUAGCCACUUACCAUAACCUUUGACAGCUGAUAUAUGUCAUGUAGCACGUCAUCCUGGUUCCAGCUUGGGUAAUGAAGUUACUUCCUGCCCCCAGUCGAGGUCAACCCAUUGUAGAGGUCUGCAGCCCAACAUAAAAGUCUGCAGCCAGAUCCUCGUGCUCCACCUUCUACAAUAAAAUUAAGAAAAUGCCCCUGAUAAGGUACACUAGUAAAUUUAGCUAACUUUAUUGGCUUCACAUCAGUAUUUACAAGGUAAUUUUGGGAGUUAACAAAGUUGUUAACUUGAAUUGUAAUAGACAUUUAUGUUUUUGUGAAAUGAGUUUGAAAAAUGACCUUUACUUCAAAGUAGAUGUCAGAGCCUUAACAUUUCUCUCUUUACUUUAUGGGUUUUCUGGAACUCUUAUAUACCAGCUGAUCCCUUUUUAAAUGUGUGAAUCAUAUUGAUAUCAAUGAUUCACUUGGUCAACUCCACAGUUCAGGAAAUCUCAAAUUCGGUAUUAAGAAUAAAUAAUGAAUUAAUAUUAAAAGAAUCACAUCCCUAAUGUGUUGAACAGUAAACAGCAUGUUUAAGACAUCUUUGUUAGAGACACAUUUUCAACUUUGUCUAGUUGUUAUUACCUAAAUGGAGCAACAGAAAAUAUAACAUAUAACUUACGGCUUAUAUUAAGAUUUAGCUAGAUGCCUGAUAGUAAAAGAUGACGCAGUGCUCUUUAAAGUGAGGGUUUGUUCCUUCAACAACAAUAUCCACUGGUGCUAAGCCACUUAAGGAAGUCAUCAGAAAAAACAGGUUUUUGUUAUCGUUGUUGUACCAUCUACAUUCGUAGCUGCAGUAGACUCACCGAGAAUAAGGUGGAUCACUAAGAGAGUUCGCUGGUUCUUAGCCCAGCUACUUCAGGUGGAUUAGGAUGAUUAAACAGCAGCAGACAAGUUAACAGUGUUGUUUUCAAGCCAGCAGUCAAACUAUCUUUAAGGUAUUAAACUUAAUUCACAAUGCUGAUAAGUGUAUAAAUAUAUUGACUGUGAGCCUUACUAUUUAAUUAUUACACUACAGAACACAGAGCUCCUGUCAGCAGCAAACAGCAGAGUUUUUUUUUUUAAGAUUUAUUUUUGGGCCUUUUCUGGAUAGAGGAGGACAGUCGAUAGACUCAGAAAGGGGGACGAGAGUGGGGGAGAGAUGUGUGGCGAAGGGCCUCAGGCUGGAUUUGAACCCAGGCUGCCCGCGUACAUGGUGCAUGCCUUAACCACUCGCCUACUGGUGCGCCAGCAGAGUUGUAACCACAGGUGAUCAGCUUUAGUGAUUGGUUACUAGAGGCAUUAAUUCUGAUCUGCCCGUUAUGUAUUUUUAAUGAAAAUCAGCCAAUAAUGAUCGGUUUCUGAUCAGUCAGGGCAUCCCUACUUUUAUCAUAUUGUUUAAAUCAAUGUUAUGUAGUGCACUAAGAAGAUGAAGUCAUCUCCACUCGUACUGAGAUAUGUGUUGCUAACAGUGUUUGUAGUUUUCUGGUGUGAGUGUUUUUCCCCUUCAAGUACACACUGAUACGUAUAUUAACAUUGAAUCCAUGUGAUGAAAAAGCACAAACAUUUGCAUUUUGUUUGGAAUGAUUCAAAUGCCAUGAAUGAUAUAUGACAUACCAAAUAUGUAGAAAUAAAAAGAUUCAAACUGGGUGUCCAUUUCUAAACCAUGAACUCACAAACAGGAAAUAAGGAGACUGUAAAGGAACUUGAACAUAAUUCCCACUGCUGUGUUAUUAAACUGCUAAGACUGUCCUGAUGAAAAGACUUGACAGUUGUUUUUCCAUCUUAUAUCAUGAAACUAUUUAAAAUUUAUCAAUGUUAGUUUAUUUUGUAUGCUGUUGUGUAACCAUUCAUAUUUCAUCUUUUUGAGCUGAUGUGUUAUUGUGUUAAAUAAUCCUGUUUAAAUGAUCGAUGUAAUAAAAUGAUGUUCAUGUUUUUUAA